CGGACCAUGGGGAGCAGAGGAAAACUUUCAAUACUGACAUGGAAGCGCAAUGACUUCUGAGUAACAGUCAACUGGGGCACGAGGAGCUCCCGGCGCGAGGAGGACAGGGUGCUGCUCUACGGCAAGACGAAAGGUCCAUCCGCGGGCGCACGGGAGCGGAAAGCGAGACGAUUUCCAAGACGGUGGAGAAUACGCUUGAAUUGAAAGAUGAGCUUGUUGUCUGCCAUAGACACGAGUGCCUCCGUGUACCAACCCGCGCAGCUUCUCAACUGGGUCUACCUCUCCUUGCAAGACCCCCACCAGACCAGCGCCUUUGACGCGUUUCGACCCGAACCCAACUCUUCCCACCCGGAUCACAGCUUCAGCAAGACUCCUGCAGCGACAGAUCUGAGCUCUUCCCUCAACUCCAACUAUCUCAACAACUUCUUUCAGCUGCAGCGAAACGAGGCCUUAAACAACAACAUUUAUAAGAAUGUGUCACCCUAUGGCUCCCUGAACAACAUCGUAGAUGGACUCAACUCCCUGACGGACCAUUUCUCAGACCUUUCCCUUUCUUCAGAGCCAAGGAAACCCAACAAAAGACCUCCACCCAACUACUUGUGCCACCUGUGCUUCAACAAGGGUCAUUACAUCAAGGACUGCCCUCAGGCCAGACCCAAAGGCGAAGGACUCACACCCUACCAGGGGAAAAAAAGAUGCUUUGGAGAAUACAAGUGCCCCAAGUGCAAGAGGAAGUGGAUGAGUGGCAAUUCCUGGGCCAACAUGGGACAAGAAUGUAUCAAAUGCCACAUCAAUGUCUAUCCACACAAACAGCGGCCUUUAGAGAAGCCGGACGGCCUGGAUGUGUCUGAUCAGAGCAAAGAGCACCCUCAGCAUCUGUGUGAGAAAUGUAAAGUUCUGGGCUACUACUGCCGCCGCGUGCAAUAACCGUCAGUCUAGUUCAUGUCCAAGGAGGGCUCAACCCUGCCCUGCACAGGUUUUUCACUCUCCUCCUUACAAGUUGUAGCUCAAAUCCUGCCUUUCUGUCUGAUGCAUCCUCCUCCACCACAGUGGUCCUUCUUCUAUGUCUUUGCCAAUGCUGGAAUGUAGGAUAAUGUCCAAAAAUAAGAGGAACACACUCAAAUAGGAUCAAUCUCGUUAUGCGCUUUGCGUUAACGUUCGGAAAACGGCAUUUCCACAUGAUAAGCAACACAAUCUUGUAUUGAUGCUUGUUAGAUUGGUGUCCUUGACAACAUUGUUCUCAUCACAUCACCUCUGGGUUUGUUGGCUGUUUGUUUACAGAGAUCUGCCUUCCAUUUCGAUGCCAACAGAAGAGUAUGUUUAUGGGACAAAUAUAGAAAAAAUGAGGCCAAAUUCUAUGUUAACGGAGGCCUCGGAUAUUUUUGCCGUAUUAUCCGCAGCACAUCUUCUUAACUGUGAAUUAACUGAGGGGAAAAGUGCCAAACAUCCCUCGCUUACAUUUGGCAUAUUUAUUUUCUUUUUGUUUAGUGUGCAAUUUGAAUUUGAACUGGGACAUAAACAAUGUUUUUUUUUGUUUUUCUAUGUUUGUAUAUCGAAUUAUUGUGUAACUGCUUUCACGUGUCUUUACAAUCUACUGUAAACUGUCCAUAGAGUCGCUCAGAGAAGAAGCGUUUUAGCAUGACGCCUACAAUAACAUGCACACCUUUGCAGAUUUUCAAGUGGUGUUUAUUAGUAGUGUAGAAUUUUUUUUUUUAAUGAAAUUAUCGCCCUUUUAAGAAAAGGGCAAAUAAAUAAAUGAAGAGAAAACCAACAGAUUCUGAGAAGAAAUAGAAUAUCAGUGUUAAAUAAUUAGUGUUUUAAAACAGUAGACCUCAAUAAGCAUGAGCAAACUAAUUAGGAUGGACAUUUUUACAGGUUAAAAAACUACGUUUAAUUCGAUUUUUAUGGGAAACUGACAGCUAGCCAACUUUGAGGUGUCCUUGAAUGAAAAUGGAAAUCUCACAGCUAACAGGAGUUUGAAGAGAACAUAAAGGCGUGGAUAUAAACAACUGUUCUGGUGAUUUGAAUAUAAGACGUAUCUACAAAAAUGGUUAAUUGAAAGUGUAAAAUGAUAGCUGUGGCUCCCAGCAGUGCCGGUCUUACCGAACCAAGAGAAAUGAAUUAAUAUCUGCCUUUUAAGCAACUUUUUGAUCAAAAGGCUGAACGUCUUUGUACGUAUUGCAUUUUAAAGUUUUACAAAGACUCGACUUUAUUAAUGUGCCUUUAAAAGAUUAGCAAUUAAAAAAGCGUUUUGAGUGUUGGAAAAAAAUUCAUGUUAAGGCGUGCCGAGGAAGUCUCACCGGUGGAGCAGCGAGUGCGAUGCAAAGAAAGUUUGAUGUAGGUUCAAGAAAAAAAAAAGAUGACGCUCAGCUGUUAGUGGUUGAAGUGGCGUGUGUUUGCUUCCAUGCAGUUUGCUGAGCUGGAGGAGUGGGCUAAACUAGCAUUUCCAGCUGGCAGUAACAGUCUUACUGUUGUCUGUUGUCAUGGAAUAUCAACAAAGAUGUUUUCUCUUUGUCAAUCCUCACAACAGGAUGAAGUUGCUUAUGAAACUGUGGACCUCACACUUUGUUUUAUCUGUCGUGUUUAUCCAAGGAACUGUAGGUUUUUUGCCAGAAAUAUACCUAGUUAAUUGCUGAAGUGGGAGUCAUAAUUACAUUGUGGAGAAAUCUGACCAAAUGCCAGCUUGAGUUCAGUUGAAAGGGGUUUUAGCUUUUAGAUUCUACUCUUAAGACUUGCAGGAGAUAGUUCCAGCCUCGAGUGUUGCUCCAGUUCUAUAAAAAUCCCUUUCCCACAAUGCACCACAGAAGUAUGUCAUGUUGACUGUCAUAAAUGUUCACACCUUGUGUUAAUAUGUGUAAUACGUCCACCAACAGAUUGCUCAAAAGUACGUGACAUUGGAAUGUGAGUAAUUUGUACUUAAUUGGAAAACUAAAACGGCGGGUGUUCUGUUCUUCGUCUACAGGAGAUGAACUGUAUCCAUGGAUGCAGGAUUGGCUCUUUCAUGGUGGCCAAAAGACAGUUCAUGUUUUUAAAUAAAUGAAGGGUCUUAAGGUACAUUAGUACCGCCCUCUGCAUCCCGCGUUCAAGCGGCCACUUCCAGUGAGAAGUCUAUGUAAACGUGCAUACCGGGCAUCUGCGUCUACGCAUGUUUUCAAGACACUUUCUAUGUACAAAAUGCGUGGCCGUUGAAUGCUCAUUGCUAGUUGAACCAGGUCAAACUUUGAUCAGUCAGGGAUGGACUUGGAAGAGACGUAUAAAUUCGGUUUAUCUUGUAUACCCAGACAAGCCUGACGACGUCUGAAAGAAAAUCCAUGGCAACUCUGUGUAAGUGCAAGGAUGCUACCAGUGAACCAAACCGUUUCGUACCCAAAUUACAAAUUGCCGAUGCACCAAGCCUCUUUCAACUGUAGGUGGCAGACUUGCACCAGUAAAGAGUAGAAAAAGAAAAAGAAGCCCCUCCCUGCUUGUCUAGUGUGAACAUGUGACGCAUCAGAUGCCCCAUGUGUUUGUAGCUUUAGAGCACCUCAGAUGAUGGCGAAGAGUCAUCAUAUUGAUCACUAAGUAAUCUACUGUGACUUUAAAUGUUUUCAGAUGUUCUUAGUCUCUUCAUAAUACCAGAACACAUAAGGUGGCUCGUUUAAAAACUUGGCCCCUUUAAGAAAGAUGUGGCAUGUAUUUAUUUCCACACCUCUUUUAGGAACAAUUCAUUUCUACUCUGGCUAACACCCCUCUUGUUCCUCAUGUUGCUUCUAUAGCUUUACAGAUGUCUCCAAAUCUCACCACCAGGCUGAAACUAAACGAGUGAUGCCUUAUCAUAGAGCCUCAUAGAUAAGUAGGAAUGUCAGAUGCGGUUGAGAGUUUGAUUCCGCCCAGAGACAAAGAAGCUGUUCCUGAUGGAAUACAUGCAAAAGUGCUUUCAGACACGAUGUCUUGAAUGACAUAUACUUGACUUUUCUAGUACUUUUCCAGUUCAAAACAUGUGUUCUUUUUUAUGAGAUGUGUAUUUUGGAAGACUUUGUAGAUGUUGAAAUUUCUAAAGGAAUCUGCAAACUCGAAUUAUCUCCCUAACAAAAAAGAAACACCGACUUUUUUUGUGUAUGUAUAUAUUUAUAUAUAUGAUGGCCAUUGAGCAAUAUUACAGCUUUUUUCUGUCUGUGUGUGAAAAAAGGGCCUAUUUCUGAAAAAUAAUGAAAGCUGGGAGAUUUUUGUCCUUCGUUUUACAUUAAUCUGAAGGAUUGUUCUACGGAAAUAUUUAUGGAAGGAUUUUUUUUUUUACACUUUUUGUAUAGAAAACACAACAAAAGUUACACUAAGAAGAAAAUAUUGAUAUUUACAUAGAAUAUUAUAUUAAAGCUGGUACAUAAUUAAUACCCUAUCAAUUAUAAGCCAUUGUAUUUUUGUUGUUUUUAUUUAAUAACUCGCAGUAUUUAGUUGUGACUAAUUCUUAGUUGCCUUAUAGCUGUGUGUAUUCUUUCCUAUUAUGAAAAUACAUUCUGGUAACAUGCAGAAAGUGUUUUUUCUGCAUGUUUAUGUUUUGGUUGUUGCUUUUUUGUAUUACCUAGUGUUGGAUACUCACCACUGUAUAAGCACAUUAAACUGUGAGAUGUAGUUUGCUUAAAGCAGCGAUGACAAGAAACUAUUAUAAAAAAAUGUUUUUUUCUUUUUUUUUUAGAGAAUAGAAAGUGCGUGUUUAAAGCACGUGUGACAAAGAACUGUUUUGGAGUUUGCAUGUGCAUGUGUUUGGAGUUGUGCAAUGUAUUUAAAUUCCUUACAGUAGUUGGCUACCAUACAUGCUAUUUUUAACAUUAUCAGCAGCGUCUGAUUAUUAGCUCUGAAAUAUUUCAUUUACCACAAGUGUAGCCUCUUUCAAUAACACAUAUUCACCGAAUGUAAUGUGUUAACACUUCUGUGGUCAAAGUCGGAACGUUUGUAUCCUUUACUGUCUGUAUCUCUUGCAAUGCAGUGUUGCAAUAAUGUAAUAAUGUUUGAAUUGGACAGGACGCAGGCGUGAGGUCGGGAGGACGAAAAGAAACCGGGGAGACAGUGGAGGUUUAGAGUGGGCCACGGGUCUGUUUUUCAUGUCCAUGAAACGGCAUUCCAAAAUGUGCCUUAUCCGUGAGUUAGGAAAACAUUUUAGUUCAUUAGUGCUGUUGAGAGUUUGCUAAAUAAAGAUUUAAACUGAAACCCUG